GGGUCUGGGCUCGCCCAGUGCGCACGCACGCUGCACCCCCGGCGGCCUCGCAGGCGCGGCGAAUCGAGCGUCGAGCGGGCUAGUGGGCGGCGAAGAGUGCCGAGCGGCCUCGUCCCCAACGGUCGGCGCCCCAGCCCCUGGCCCUCAGGCGUCCGAGGCGUGGCCCGGCACGGGGAGCGGCUGUGAGGGGACUGGAAGAAACGCGAGUGCGUUUGGGGCGCCGGGGACCAGAGCCCAGGCGGAAGCGGGAGAGUCAGUGUGGAACGCGCGUGCGCGGUCUGUGGGGCACUGGGGCCGGGGGCGGCCGGUCUUGCCUGACCCGGGGAAGGGGGCGCCCGAGGCAGGCGUUCCCCGGGGAAAGAAGGGCGGCGCCCAGGAGCAGGGCAUCCUCCCCGGCCCGCUUUUCUACAAGAUGUUGGGAUUUUUGCAGCGCCCUGUGGUGGUGACAGCUGACAUCAACUUGAAUGUCGUGGCUCUGACCGCGGUGGGGUUGCUGAGCCGACUCUGGCAGCUUUCCUAUCCAAGGGCCGUGGUGUUUGAUGAAGUAUAUUAUGGGCAGUACAUCUCUUUUUACAUGAAGCGGAUCUUCUUUUUGGAUGGCAGUGGACCACCGUUUGGCCACAUGCUGCUGGCCUUGGGAGGUUAUUUAGGAGGAUUUGAUGGUAACUUUUUGUGGAACAGAAUUGGAGCAGAAUACAGCACCAACGUGCCCGUGUGGUCCCUGCGCCUGCUGCCGGCCCUUGCAGGGGCCCUGUCGGUGCCCAUGGCCUACCAGAUCGUGUGGGAGCUCGGCUUCUCUCACUGUGCCGCCGUGGGGGCCGCUCUGCUGAUUCUGAUCGAGAACUCUCUGAUCACUCAGUCAAGGCUGAUGCUUUUGGAAUCAGUGUUGAUAUUUUUCAAUCUGUUGGCCGUGCUGUCUUACCUGAAGUUCUCCAACUCCCAGAAACACAGGCCCUUCUCUCCGAGCUGGUGGUUUUGGUUGAUGCUGACGGGUGUGGCCUGCUCCUGUGCCGUCGGCACCAAGUAUGUGGGUGUGUUCACAUACCUACUGGUGCUCGGGGUUGCCGCUGCCCACGCCUGGCACCUGAUAGGAGACCAGACGCUGUCAAACGUCCAUGUGCUCUGUCACCUGCUCGCCCGAGCGGUGGCCCUGUUGGUCAUCCCGGUCCUCGUGUACCUGCUGUUCUUCUAUGUCCACCUGCUGCUGCUCUGCCGCUCCGGGCCCCAUGACCAGAUCAUGUCCAGUGCUUUCCAGGCCAGCUUGGAGGGGGGGCUGGCGCGGAUCACGCAAGGCCAGCCCCUGGAGGUGGCCUACGGUUCCCAGGUCACUCUGAAGAACGUCUUUGGCCAACCCGUGCCCUGCUGGCUUCAUUCCCACCAGAGCACCUACCCCAUGAUAUACGAGAAUGGCCGUGGCAGCUCCCACCAGCAGCAGGUGACCUGCUACCCCUUCAAGGAUGUCAACAACUGGUGGAUUGUAAAGGACCCCGGGAGGCACCAGCUGGUGGUGAACAACCCCCCGAGGCCCGUGCGGCACGGCGACAUCGUGCAGCUGGUGCACGGCAUGACCACCCGCCUCCUCAACACGCACGACGUCGCGGCCCCCCUGAGCCCUCACUCCCAGGAGGUGUCCUGCUACAUCGACUACAACGUCUCCAUGCCCGCCCAGAACCUCUGGAGGCUGGACAUCGUGAACAGAGAGUCAGACACGGACGUCUGGAAGACCAUCUUGUCGGAGGUCCGGUUCGUGCACGUGAACACAUCAGCCAUCCUCAAGCUGAGCGGGGCGCCCCUCCCAGACUGGGGCUUUCGGCAGCUGGAGGUGGUCGGGGAGAAGCUGUCCCGGGGCUACCACGGGAGCACCGUGUGGAACGUGGAGGAGCACCGCUACGGCAGGAGCCAGGAGCAGAAGGAGAGGGAGCUGGAGCUGCGCUCCCCUGCGCAGAUGGACGCCAGCAGGAACCUCAGCUUCAUGGCCAGAUUCUCAGAGCUGCAGUGGCGGAUGCUGACGGUGAGAAGCGAUGAUUCCGAACACAAAUACAGCUCCACGCCGCUGGACUGGGUCACGCUAGACACCAGCAUCGCCUACUGGCUGCACCCCAGGACCAGCGCACAGAUCCACCUGCUCGGAAACAUCGUGAUCUGGGCCUCGGCCAGCCUUGCCACCCUGGUGUACGCCCUGCUCUUCGUCUGGUACCUGCUCAGACGCCGAAGAAGAGUCUGCGACCUCCCUGAGGAUUGCUGGCUGCGCUGGGCGCUGGCCGGGGCUCUGUGCGCCGGGGGCUGGGCCGUGAACUACGUGCCCUUCUUCUUGAUGGAGAAGACGCUGUUCCUCUACCACUACUUGCCGGCGCUCGCCUUCCAGAUCCUCCUGCUUCCUGUGGUCUUGGAGCACGUCAGCGGCCGCCUGUGCAGGUCCCAGCUCCAGAGGAGCUUCUUUGGCGCGCUGGUCGUGGCGUGGUUUGCCUCUGCCUGUCACGUGUCCAACACGCUGCGCCCGCUAACCUACGGGGACAGGUCACUCUCACCCAGCGAACUCAAGGCCCUUCGCUGGAAAGACAGCUGGGAUAUCCUGAUCCGGAAAUACUAGCAGGACACGGACACAGUGACGGACGGCAGGGCCGGGUCAGGACAAAGUAGAACCGUCUUUUAUUAUGAGCAUGUUUACUUCUGACAACGCGGAGUGGCUCUGAGCUUGGUGGAGACUCAGGCUCGGCAGCGAUUCUGUUCUGGUUUCGUUGUUGAAACAGUCCUCUGAUGAGCACCUCGUUUUGAGCAAAGUCUGUUUUUCCCGGACCGUAAAGAACAACGCCCUCUACGUCUGCUGACUCCUGAGAGCCCCGUGAGCUAGCUGAGUGUGCAGUGGCUGGCACGGGGCUCCUGUUGGCCUGGAUGACGGCAGGGAGGGGCCGGUUCGGGUCGAAGCAGACGAGGCCCCGAUCUGUCAGAGGCUGGUGGUGGGCUUUGGCUGACCGGCCCGCUGACCUGCUGACCCAGCGAGGCCGUGGGGAAUCACCCUCAUGGUUCAGUGGCACACGAGCUACUGGAACGCCGGCCUGAGGAGGUUGUGGAAGGCUGGCCGUUCCUCCUCACCAUCGCUGACUCUUUAACCGCUGCCCAGAGAGCCUGCUGAGAGGUGCGUGAGCGACUAGCCUCUUCAACUGUCAAGGUUUGUGUCAUCCAUACCUCUCCUUGUCCUGAUUUUGCCUUUUCUUAAUGUAAUUAAAAAGGGACAAAUUGA